AUGGAGCUUAUGACACGAACACUGAAGAAGCUUAAAACUAUACCGCCGGAUAUGAACUACACUGAUUUCUAUUCCCAGUAUUUGGACAAUAUAACUUGUUUCCCGAACGAGUAUAGAAAACCCGGUUACAAAUCAUCAUCAGAUGGAUCAGAAGUUCUUUUGCAACUAAUUGUUACUCUGAGGCUUCACUAUGUGAUCACAAAUCAAUUUUCAGGAUUUGAUUACUGUCGUAUUGUGAACGAUCUUACUCAUCUACAUCUUACUGCUAUUAGAACAUCACAAAAUAGGAUCAAUGAUAGCGACCAGGUGUUGCUGCUUCCUUCAUUUUCCACACAUAAAUUUCGACAACAAUGA